CGUUUCUUUUUAGUAGACACAAAUUGUCUAAAAUAUAUCAAUAAACGAGAUAACCUACAACAACGGUUAUCAGAUUAGACUUGUACGUGUUCUUCCUCCAUGGUGAUGUAGCCCUAGUCGCAAUGAAGUUUAGCUAUUUUAUUUUUAUCCAACCAGGGCGGCAAGGAACAAUUCUUUCUUCCUCCUCCAUGAAUUGAUAUGACGACCAUGACCCAUCACUGAUGUCCAAAUACCAACCAUGCUGCACACAUACUCAACUCGUAUUACUCGAUGUAUUCAACAUGCCUACAAAUACCCGACGAGCACUGUGCCAUCAGUGCUGCAUCGUCACCAUAGCUCUAAGUCCACACUAGAUGCUCAACAAGGCCAGCUCCCCAAAGAGGCUGAGGUAGUGAUAUGUGGUGGAGGUAUAGCUGGGCUGUCAGCAGCUUACAAUCUUGCUAAGCAAGGAUUGACUGAUGUGGUACUUCUGGAGCAAGGAAGCUUAACCUGUGGUACAACGUGGCAUGCGGCAGGGCUUAUUGGUCUAUUCAGGAAAGACUCGUUACAUGCUGCACUAUCCCUCAGGACUGCAAACCUUUAUGCCAGACUCGAGGAAGAGACUGGGCUUAAUACUGGAUAUACCAAAACUGGGUCGGUGAUUGUAGCACAAACCAAGGAUCGCAUGAUAGAAAUCAAAAGGAAUGCAGCACUGGCAAAAGCGAGAAAUUUAGAGCACACUCUGCUAGCUCCGUCUGAGAUUAACUCCUUGGUACCAUGGUUAAGAACAGACGAUCUUGAAGGAGGCAUUUAUCUUCCGCAAGAUGGAGUGACUGAUCCAACCAAUACGGCUAUGUCUCUUGCGAGAGGUGCCAAGAAUAGAGGUGUGAAAGUGAUUGAAGGUGUGAAAAUCAAUAGAAUAUUGUCGGAGAAGGGGACAGUGUCUCUGGUUCAGACCUCUCUUGGGGACAUCAAGUGCAAAUACUUCGUCAACGCAGCUGGACAGUGGGGUAGAGACGUUGGUUUGAUGAGUUCACCGGUAGUCAACGUACCCAUGCACACUACAGCACACAUGUACCUGAUAAUGAAACCUUUAGAUGGAGUUAAUUUCAAGACGCCAUAUGUCCGUGAUUAUGACAGCUUAAAUUACCUGCGAGAAUGGAGCGGUGGUUUGAUGUGUGGUUGCUUUGCCAGUGAAGCUAAGCCGAUAUUUUAUAACGGCAUUCCAGAGAAGUCAGAGUUUCUAUCUCUACCUGAGGAUUGGGAUCAUUUCCAGCCUCAUCUUGAAGCCUUGCUUCAUCGAGUCCCCGCUUCUUCCAAGAUGGAGGUCAGACAGUUAUUUACCGGCCCAGAAUCAUUCACUCCGGAUCACGUCUGUCUCUUUGGUGAAGCACCUGAGAUAAAGAACUAUUACUUGAUGGCCGGUUUCAACUCUCUCGGUAUGACACUGUCUGGUGGAGUUGGAGAGCUUUUAGCAGAGAUCAUCAUUAAAGGCAGAUCAUCGAUUGGAUACUGGGCAAUGAAUCCUCAGCGUUUCUUACCACAGCAGAAUAACAAAGAAUAUCUACGAGAUAGAGCCACUGAAAUAGAAGGAAAACACAGUAAGAUCGGCUAUCCAGAGACUCAAUACAGAACGGGUAGAAAGCUACGAUGCGGACCGCUCUACGCCCGGCUAGCCCAAGCGGGGGCGGUAUUCGGGGAGACUAUGGGCAUGGAACGACCUUUAUGGUAUAUGGAAGAAGGGGAUACAGAUGAAUUCACUGAGGAAAUACAACAAGGAACGUUCAGUAAGCCCGGCUGGUUUGAUAUGGUGAAGGCCGAGUACUGGGCCUGUCGGGAGUCUGUCUGCCUAAUGGAUAUGACACCGUUUACAAAAUUGGAGUUGCAGGGCAGUGGGACAACAUCUCUACUGCAGAGACUGUGUCCUAAUACCAUGGACAUCCCAAUAGGAAGUGUGGUUCACUCCGGAAUGCUCCACGAGUUUGGUGGAUAUGAGAACGACUGUAGUGUUGCACGCUGUGAACGGGACAGGUAUUUUCUUAUCUGUCCUACUAAGUCAAGAGUCAAAAGUAUCAACUGGAUUGCGAGUCAUCUCCCCACGGAUGGCUCAGUGGCUAUGCAUGACAUUAGUGAUCAAUACGUUGGUCUGAACGUCCUGGGUCCUAAAGCCAGGAAUGUCUUGCAGAAACUGACCAGUACACCACUCAGUAUGGCUAGUUUCAAACCCUUCUCAUACAAGGAGAUGAACAUAGGUUAUGCUACCAAUGUUCGGGUUACGACCAUCACCCAUGCAGGAGAAGAUGGUAUGGUACUGUACAUACCAAAUGAGUUUGCAGUUCAUUUAUACGAUCUGUUAAUGAAGACUGGUGCUGAUUACAGUAUACGUCCAGCUGGUUUCAAUGCCUUGCGCUGGCUACGAACUGAGAAGUGCUACGCAUAUUGGGGAAUUGAUUUUAACAGCCACAACACACCGUUUGAAAUCGGACGAGAGAUGAGGGUCAAUUUUGAUAAGGAGAUAGAGUUCAUAGGUCAGUCAGCCCUAAUCAAGCAACAGCAAGAAGGUAUUCAUCAACGUAUGGCUGCCUUAAUACUGGAGGAUCAUAACGUAGACACUGACCUAUGGUGUUGGGGUGGAGAGCCAAUCUAUCGUAACGGUCAACUGGCCGGAACAACUACAUCAAGUGCCUUCAGUGCUUCCUUGGGCUCCAUGCUAUGUCUAGGGUGGCUUCAUAACACUGACCCUCGGACCGGUCAGUCUUCAGUGGUCACUCAUGACUUCAUAACCAAAGCUAAGUACGAGAUUGAUAUCGCUGGUCAGAUGUUCUCGGCCAAAGCCACUUUAUACCCGCCAAAGAUAGUUACUAAGCAACCACUACAUGGAUAGAUUGCAGUGACCUUAUUUCCUUACUUCUUAUAUUAUCCUUAUAUUACUGCCAAAAAGCCCUUCUAACACUUUAUGUCUUAUCCCCGUCCGUGGAAUACAGCCUUGGGGAGCCCCAAGACUUUUACCCAAUCGUUACCUCUGCGCAGUUUCUUACUGUUCCAGCCUAGGUCCCUAAACAUAUUGAUUUUAUUAGUUAUGGGUUAUUGGUAAUUGAUUGCAGAUACGCAAGUUUGUAGAAUAUUUUUUCCUGUACGGAACUUUGAUUUAUUCUUUUGAAGAAAGUUGUCAGGUGGUUUGGUUUAUGUCUUCCAUAUACCUGUACUUAUUUUCCAGAUAAUAUUGUUUUAUUUACUCAUGAUAAAUAUAUAAACCUAGAUAACAUUCUGACUUUAAAAUGCUAAUUAUUUGUGGUUUUUAAAACCAAUUCUUCUUCAAGAAGGUGCUUUUUUACUCAAUUGAUUAAAAAAUGUGGUUAAAUGUUUAGGGCCAAACUGUGUUUGUUAGCCUUAACUGAAAUUUUUACAAAGUGAAAUGCAACUGUUUAUUUUUGAUAAAAAUUUAAAUAAAUUAUUGAAUUCAAAUGUUAUCAAUUUGACAUUGAAUUGUAAUUUUGUAUUGAAUUUCUUAAAUUUGUCCAACACCAAAUUUUAAAGUUUACUAAAAUAAGUAUUUUAUUAUAUAUUUUUAAAUCAAGUGAUGACCAAAGCUUUCUCCCCAGUGCUGGCAGUGUUAAUACAGCCACGAUUCCUCGGUAAAUUUGACAAUGAGUUAAUCACUCAUACAUUAAUUUCAUAACUUUAUAAUAUAGAAUAUUAUAAAUGUGUGGUGAAAUAUAAUUUUAUAGUAUAUAAUAGUGACACUAUAAAUAUUCACUUAUGCAAUGAUAUUAUUAUUGUCAUCGAUUGUUCCAUUGGCUAUUGAAAUAGUCCUAGACAUGUUUUUCUCCAAUUUUAAAUAUUAAAGCUAAUAUAUUUUAGUGGUGAUUUCUGACUGCUUCUUUUAUUGUUUGUAACAAACAAAAUCACGAGAAUAAAUUAUCAUAAGGAUCUAA